AGUUCAUGCGGUAAAUGAUUGUUUAAAGAAAUAAGGUGAGAGAGAUCAGAAAGGAAAAAAAGGAAAAAGAGAAGAUGGGACGGAGCAUAUCGAAGUCGCCGUCGUACAGCAGAGGUCGAAGCCGGAGAGAUCGAAGCCGCUCACCCUACUCCACCUCCAGAAGAAAUCGUUCGAGUGCCUCCCCGCGCCGCCGUAGGAGUCGGUCGGCAAGUUACAGGCGACGCAAGAGUCGGUCUCCGACACCCAGACGACCUAAUAGACGACAUAGAAGCAGGAGCAGAAGCAGAAGCAGCUCUUUGUCUCCUCCUUUGCCCAAAUCUCACAGUCCACGCCUGACCUCAAACGAACGCAAAAAUGCUGCUGACAAACUCAAGAAAGAGGAGGAAGAAAAAAUCAGGCGGCAGCAGGAGGCCGAACUCAAACAGUUGGAAGAAGAGACUGCAAGGAGACUUGAGGAAGCGAUUCGGAAAAAUGUGGAGGAGAGGCUGGCUUCAGAUGAAGUUAAGUUAGAGAUUGAGAGGCGUAUAGAAGAAGGUCGGAAGAAAUUGUUUGAGGAUGUUAAAGCUCAACUUGAUAUGGAAAAGGAAGCUGCUCUUGUUGAAGCAAGGCGGAAAGAAGAACAAGCUCGGAAAGAGAGAGAAGAGCUUGAUAAGAUGCUGGAGGAGAACCGGAGGAGGGUGGAAGAGGCUCAGAGAAGAGAAGCUUUGGAACUGCAGACCAAAGAAGAGGAACGGUAUCGAGAGUUGGAGCUGAUUCAGAGACAAAAAGAAGAGGCUGCGAGGAGAAAAAAACUGGAAGAGGAAGAAGAACACGCAAAUCUGAUGAAGUUGUCAAAAAGUAGUGAAACUUGGAAUAUCUCAGAGUAAAUCUCCUCUCUGUUAGCAUCUACCAUUUGACCUAAGUUUGGGAUUGAGCUAGGGGAAGAACUUGACGCGGGCGUUUUAAUUCCAAAUGUGGGACUUGGAUCAUCUUCUUCUGGAUUGGCAGCUUUCUUCAAACUUGGUUUGCCAUUGUCUUCUGGUGCUGGAAGGGAACUCUAUUGUAUUUGAGCGGUGAUCGGUAGAUUUCCUGCUCUUGAACAUAUUCAUGUAGCCAACCAUGAAAAUCUCCUAUUUUCUUAGUUGUGGAAUUAGUUUGUUAAGCAGGCUUGAGUGUUUAGUUAAUUUAUCCAUAUCAGGAAGGCAGAUAGAUCCUAUGCGACUCGGUUCCGAAACUUUGAAGAUCCACCACCAGAAGAGGAGCCAUGUAGCUUAUUUUCGUCUCUUGAUGUUUCAGUUUGUAAUCAGAGGAUCUGUAAAAAUCCCAAAACGAUUUAGACAAAUCUAAAGUGAACUCCAACAUUCACCCAUAUCAGAGCCAAAGAAAAUCCACACCCAUAGGAAACAAAAUCCGGUCACAAAGACCGGUACCUAAACAACCAGGGGUUCGACAAAACCCGGCCACAAACUGGGGGAAAACAAAACUCUCUACAACGAAAUGGGGGAGAGAGGCGCCCGGCCUUAUUACCGGAUGCCAGAAAAGAGAAGUUUGACGGUGGUGUUCCGCGCUGUGUGUUUUUAGAUGAUGAAACUUUCUGUGUGGCUUCAUUAUUUGAUUUGAAUUUUUAUUACUCGUUGAUCAUGCUAUCGGUUAUUUCAGUAGCACGUUGUGGAUCACCCCGAGUUCUGUGUGGCUUCAUUAUUUGAUUUGCAUUUUUAUUACUUGUUGAUCAUGCUAUCAGUUAUUUCAGUAGCACGUUGUGGAUCA